AAGGGAUUGUGGAGGAAAGCCAUGGCUAAAGCUCGGGAGGGAUGUGGAUGGGCUGACAGCCUGGAGGCCGAGCUCACCUGCCCCAUCUGCCUCGGGCUGUACCAGGAGCCGGUGUCGCUGAGCUGCGGCCACAGCUUCUGCCGGCAGUGCAUUGAGAAGGUGCUGGGAACCCAGCAGAAUUCCCAGAGCCCCUGCCCCACAUGCAGGACCUGCCUGGGGCCCAACCUGGAGCUGCAGAAGAACUUCAAGCUGGGCAGCAUCGUGGAAGCUUUUCAGACCACCACUUCCGACGAACAGCGGGCUCUAAGGGAAGGCCUGCAGCAGGACGAAGGCGCCGAGGAGGGGGAGAGCGAAGUGGUUCCAUGCGAGUAUUGCCUGGAUGAGCCCCAGCCAGCCCUGAAAACAUGCCUGGUUUGCGAGGUCAGCCUGUGCCGGGUCCAUCUGAGCAAACACAACGCCAGGGGUUUCCAUCAGGAACACAUCCUGGUGGACGUGGGAGCAGGGAAGGCGGAGGAGAGGAGGUGCCAGGAUCACGGCAAGCUGCUGGAAUGUUACUGCCUGGGAGAGGAGGAGUGCAUCUGCGUUCUCUGCUGCAUCGCCGGGGCCCACAAGGGCCACAAGGUUAUCACCAUGAAGGAGGGGCACGACAGACAGCUGGUUAAACUCAUCGACACCAUGAAACAGCUGGAGGUAUCAAAAAAUAAUUUAAUUACUGCUCUAGAAGAUCUUCAGGAAAGCGAGAAUCAGAUCAAGAACAAUACCAAAACACUGACUUCUCAGCUGGAAGAACUGUUUGAAAAAGUAAAGAUGGAGCUUGAUAAGAAAAUGACGAUGAUACUGAGUGACAUUCAGUCUAAUGAGGAAGAAAAUCUGGAAGCCAUUGCCAACACAAGGAAGGAAAUGGAACAGAAGAGAGACCAGGCUGAGCAGAAUCUUCAGGCUUUGCAGGAGAUAAAAGAGCAACCAGAUGUUUUCCUCUUCUUCAGAGAACUGCAACCGGUCACAGACAGGAUUGCCAGUCUGGAUCUGAGAACUAAGAGUGUGAAGGUGCAGAAAGCGCAGCUGGAUCAGAGAAUGCUUGCCGAGUACGAAACCCGGAGAGAGAGGUUCAUGCUGCACCUGGACUCUGUGCUGGCCAAUGUGCGCGAUAAAUUCCACCAACUAAAUGGAGCGAAGCAGGAAGGCAUCAUCGAGAAGGAACAGCUUAAAAACUUGUCUGAGAAUUUUAAUUCUACGAGGGCCAGAUAUAAGAAAGAUAGGAAAAAAUGUCACCAGAACUCAGGAUGGGAAGGAUUAUAUUAUUAUUAUGAUGACUUCUCUUAAUGAGAAUCUGCCAAGUGUUCUGAUCUCCCCUCCUGCCUUGCAUUCAAAUCAGUUCUGGAACAUAUGAAAAGUUUUUUUUAAUAAGUGCUAAGAAUUACUAUGAACAUAAUAAAAUCUCCAACUGCUGCUGCAUUGUAAACUGGAUUGUCUCAUCUCAUGGGUCUAAUUAUAUUUUUGUACAAUGAUUUGUGGUGAUUCUGUUGUCACUAUGUUGCUGAAUAACCAAAUAGAUGCACUUCAGCAAGACUGGAGGAUUUCAUACCAUCACCAGGAAUUAGUUGUUUGAGAGCAUUUUUUGUGGGUAGAGUCCCAGGAAAUCAAGGCUGAAAUUCUCUGUCCUUUUACAGGACUUGUGGCUACAACUCUGUUCUGUCACUUGUGAUAAUCAACACGCACCUGAUUUCAGGGAUUAAAAACAAACACAGCAAUCCAUCUCAGAGUAACACCUCUCUUCCAGGUUUAAAUGGACUCUCCAAGCUGUGCUGCAUGCUCAGCCCUGGCUCUGCUGCUCCCAUCAAUUGUCAGCAUAACAGAAAGUGUUAGCCAGAUUUUGGGAGCUCAGCGGUUGCUCAAGGUGACUUUACAAAUAUUCCUUCCUGCUUGAAGCCAGCAAGGCACAAAGGGCAGCUGCUCUCAGCCACUCAGAUGAG